CUCAAGCUCAUUCCUAUUCAUCUUGCUCCUGCAUAACGUCGCUUUCCGCUUCUUGGCAUAAUAAGUCCGCUGGGCGGCGGGAUCUGCGAUGAUUUGCGUUGCGCGCCGGCGCUAUCUCCAACUUCUUCUGCUUCAGCGCACCCACACGGCCAAUUCUUCAUCCGGUGCACGCUCAGCAAUCGCGAAUCGCAGCAGUCGGUCUGUGCCAGACGCGGGCGUCCCUUCUUCCUAGGACCGGACCCAUCGUAAUGCGCCAUGCUGCGGUAGAGUUGCAAUUUGGCCGCAGAAUCCUCUCGUAUGCAGCGCCCUUUUCCCCCUCCGGAGCGACAGGGGCAAUGCCUCAAGAGAAGAAGCCUGAUACGUGCCACCCAGCUUGUUUUCGGUGCUCCUUAAGCGAUGAGAAAAGCUCUGUGGGUGAUCGUAGGUGGCCUUCGGUGGGGAUGCCCUAGCGCCACGGCCGUCCAAUUCCCCCGGUACCAGGCUCGUCUCCGUUGCAUGCCGCGGACUUCUGCCUCCUCGAGGCCACGACAAAUUAUGCGCCUCUCGUAACCGUAUACCAUUGGGAUCCGACCGGCGAAGAUGCUUGAAGUUGUCAUUGCCGUUAUGUCCCAAUACGCCAUCCCAUUGUUGGGCUGCGAUGUCGCAUCCAGAUGUUGCGAGAGUGAACAUACAAUGACCAACGCGUGCGCCGAAAUUACAUUAGAAAGAUUAGCGCUCACAAAUCUCGGCAGCUGUUCUUACUGCCCAGCUCGACUUGGGCUAGACCGUAACUCCAGCGUGUUACGAACUCAACUAUUGGAAUUGACUUGGCUACAACACCACAAUAUCGACGGCAAUCGGACUCCCCAGUGAGGUCGAUCGCCUCUGAUGGUCCGGAGUACGAAGAAUAUUUCACAUCGGGAUUGAACCGUAGGAAUACGCAAAAUAAUAGGCAAUGCAUCUCAAUCCCUCUCCAGCGUCCGGUCUGAGUGGAGUCUGUCAUGACAUAGGUAGUCACGCUUUCGCCUCAACGUUUCUGUCUACUCUCCGUCGUUGG